GCAAACGCAUCACUCAGCACACUCACUACCCACUUAACACUAUCUCAUUCUCUCUUUCUUUGAGGUUUGACAUUGUAACACUGAAAAUGAAGGCAUCAUAUGUCGCAAUUGCAUUAUGCACUGUGGUUGUGGUGAUGCUGGCCACAGCAGAGGUGUCCAUGGCAGCUGUGACUUGCAGCCCAGUAGAGCUGAGCUCCUGUGCAAGUGCAAUAAGCUCUAAUACUCCACCAUCAAAUCUAUGCUGCACCAAAAUCAAGGAGCAGAAGCCUUGUCUCUGCCAGUACCUCAACAACCCCAACCUCAAGAAAUUCGUUAACACCCCGAAUGCUCGGAGAGUUGCUAGGACUUGUGGCACUCCCUUCCCCAGGUGCAGCUAGAGCCUGAGAUAUAUAUAAUUUAUCUCUGUGUCAUAUACAUGGAUAAUGCUUCAUUAGUACCAUGGAUAGGGAUUACAGAGAGUUUAUUAAUUUGCUUAUAUUAAUAUGUGCUAUGCUACGUACUUAAGUUUUAAUAGCUAUUAGUUCUUAUAUAAGGUGGUUCUUGUUGGAUGUCAGCAUUUUCAGUCUCCUGGUGUUGUGGUCUAUCAUGAGUAGUAUGUAUGGUUGUCAUUUGUAAAGUGUUAUUUCUAUAUAAUGAAAAUCCAGAGUAUUGCUGAA